AACAGAUAGCCAGCACCUUUUGACUAAAAUUAGUCAAAAAUUAAAUGUUCCCUUUUACUUUUUUUUUUUUAAUUUUAUUUUCAUUUGAAACAUCUUGACCUUUGAACCUGUCAGAAUUAGUCACUGCACUUGAGUGCUUCUCACACACUCCUGUGGUAAAUUUUGUGUAUCUUUAAUGCAGCCCUGGUUCAAACCCCUAGGCCUUAUACUGGGAGGACACUUUCUGGGCCUUAUACUGGGAGGACACUUUCUGGGCCUUAUACUGGGAGGACACUUUCUGGGCCUUAUACUGGGAGGACACUUUUUGGGCCUUAUACUGGGAGGACACUUUUUGGGCCUUAUACUAGGAGGACACAAGGUUUUGCAUGAACAUGUAUAGUCCAUUCCAGCUCCAAUACACAUUCUUUAAAGCAUGUCAAAGAAGCUCAAAAUUUCAUUUCACAUUUCACUCAAGUUAAUAAGACAAUAAUAUCAUUUGUACUGAAAGUGUUUUAUUAGUCAAUAGUAAUCUUAAAAUUUGGUCCACAAAUUAAAACCAGACAUCCUCUUAAAAUGUAGUACAUUUAAACUUUCUUUUUAAAACCAUUCAUAAUUUUUUUCAACUAUAAGCCCGUUUUAGGGGUAUUUUAUGGCUGAAAUUAUAAAUGUUUAUUUCUAGUGAUUUUGGGGUGUUUCAGGGUUUUGUGGAAGGGGCGACGUUACGCUUUGUCUGGCCUCAAGCAUUCACUUUUCAUAUAUGGUCACGCAAUCAUGACCGCGUAGACGUGUGUGUGCUAAAAACAGUGCGCUCCAUGACACCGCGGGAGGGGGAGCAAAAGUUUUAGCACUCGGGCGAUGCAUUCCUCCCACAGUGACACGGCACUAUUAACACAUUUCAUUUCGUUGCCAGAACUAGGUCGUUGUUGCCGGUCAAAGAGGGGGGAAAAUUGCGCAUUUCUCUCGGUGUUAGAAACGUUCUUUGGAACAAUCGCAUUCCAGAAACCGCGACAGCAUGGACAGCCUGGAAAAGCAGCUGAUCUGCCCGAUCUGCCUCGAGAUGUUCACCAAGCCGGUGGUGAUCUUACCCUGUCAACACAACCUCUGCCGGAAAUGUGCCAAUGACAUAUUUCAGGCUUCAAAUCCUUAUUUGCCUACACGUGGAGGUUCUACAUUAAGUUCUGGUGGUAGAUUUCGAUGCCCUUCCUGCAGACACGAAGUGGUUCUAGAUCGUCAUGGUGUUUAUGGACUACAACGGAAUCUGCUUGUGGAAAACAUAAUUGACAUGUACAAGCAGGAGACAAUCAGUACAAAUAAUAAAGCAGAGCCGCAGCAGAAACCAACUGUAAUGAUGUGCGAGGUACAUGAGGAGGAGAAGAUAAACAUUUAUUGUUUGUCCUGUUCUGCUCCCACCUGUUCUUUGUGCAAAGUGUUUGGUGCUCAUCAAAACUGUGAAGUUGCACCACUCAAUACUGUCUAUGAGAGCCAGAAGGCAGAGUUGUCAGAGGGUGUGGCAAUGCUGGUGGGAAACAAUGACAGAAUUCAGGCCAUCAUCAGCCUGCUGGAAGAGAGCUGCAGAACAGUGGAGGAGAAUGGACGCAAGCAGAAAUCACAUGUGUGCGAGACAUUUGAUCAUCUGUAUGCAUUGCUGGAAGAUAGGAAAGGAGAGCUGACACUGAAAAUCACCUCUGAACAGCAAGAGAAACUCAAUUACAUUAAAGGCCUACAGCGAAGGUACACAGAGCACCUGGACAAGAGUGCAAAGCUGGUGGAAACAGGAAUACACACCAUGGAGGAACCAGAGAUGGCCAUCUUCCUUCAGACUUCAAAACCUUUACUACAGAAAAUAACAGAGGGCAAAAACACUUCUCACUUGGAGAAGUUGGAGCGUGGUUAUGAAAAUAUGGAUCAUUUUACUGUCAGUUUUGACAAUGAGAGGAGAGCCAUCUAUAACAUUGACUUUAUUGGAGAUGACAAUGAAGAUGGUGACAGUAAUGAUGAGGAAGAGGAAGAUGAAGUAGUUAAUGAUGCACAUAUCAGUGGCAGGACUCAGGAGCCUGAAGGAUUAAACACCUCCCCAGUAAAGCAAAGUCCUUUCCUGACUCCAAGCUCCCCAUCAGUUGCGGACACUGCACCUCAGCUGACUAGUGGUCUAAGCCCUGCCCUGACACUGGACCCCAGUGCAGCACAAAAUACACCACCAAUAACUCAGACCAUGACCACCAAUAUGGCACAGAAUAUAUCUUCAGUCACACCCACUCCAAGCACAGCCCCCAGCACUUUAGAAAAUACAGCCACAGAGGGGUCCGCCAACCCCAGUGAGGGAAUUACCACUCAAACCUCAGAUGGCCUUCCACGCCAUGUUUUCUCCUUUUCCUGGCUCAAUACACCCAAGUAAAAUUUAUGGGGACGUUUUUUUCCUUAUGUAUAUUUACCAGGAAUUCAACAGAGACAAAAUUUCUUUGUGACUCUUUAUUACUUUUGUCCCCUAAAGGAAUAGUUUAUAGACACAAUUUUUAUAUAUAUAUAUAUAUAUAUAUAUAUAUAUAUAUAUAUAUAUAUAUAUAUAUA